AUGACGGUGCUGCGGAAGAACAAGGACAGCCUGAUGGCCGUGCUCGAGGCGUUCGUGUACGACCCGCUCUUCAACUGGUGCCUGGUCGACAGCCCGCGCGCGCAGGUGCGGCGUCACCCGACGGGCGGCGGCGGCCCGGGCGGCGCCGGCGGGCCCGCAGAGGGCGACGCCGCCGACCUCGAGCAGGGCGCCCAGCUGGGCUCCAGCCCGCCGCUGAGGAGUCGGCACAACAGCAGCAUCGAGGGACAACAGCGCAUCGGGGACGGCGACGCCGUAGUGCCCGAGGCGCAGAACAAGAAGGCCGUGCAGAUCAUCCAGCGGGUGCGGGACAAGCUGACGGGCACGGACUUUGCCAACGAGGUACCGCUGUGUGUGCGCGACCAGGUGGACCGGCUCAUCCUGCAGGCCACAUCGCACGAGAACCUCUGCCAGUGCUACAUCGGAUGGUGCUCGUUCUGGUGA